AUGAAGCUUAACGAAUCUUCUGCUGUUUCCACUACACGAGCUCUUCUUGUCCCAUAUGAGAGCAGACAUGUACCCACGUAUCAUCAGUGGAUGGAGGAUUCAGCAAUCCAAGAAGCAACCGCCUCGGAACCUUUAACUCUGGAGGAAGAGUACGAGAACCAGCAAUCAUGGCGCUCCUCCCACGACAAACUGACCUUCAUCAUCUGCCAACCCGUCACUGAUAAUUCAGCGCCAUCCGUACAUGCCGGCCAGGUGGAUUCUCCAGAAAAGAUGAUUGGCGAUGUCAACCUAUUCCUCUAUCCCAACGACGACGAGGAGGAGCAAGCCGAUGAUCGGUUCCAAUGCAUUGGUGAAGUCGAUAUCAUGAUUGCUUCCCACGACCACCGUGGCAAGGGCCUGGGAAGGACGGUGGUGUCAGGCUUCUUGCAGUACAUCUCCCGCAACCUGGAGGAAAUCCUGCAUGAGUACUACACCAGCGAGAGAGAGCAAGCCGGUACUGCCACUAACAGUCCGAUGCUCAAACCCCGACUCAGGAUGCUCAUGGCCAAGAUCAACAAAGACAACAGCAGGAGCAUUGCCCUUUUUAAAAGCCUCGGGUUUGAGCAGGAGGGCGAUGUCAACUACUUUGGAGAGCUCAAGCUGGUUCUUCGUGACCUUGGUGCGUAUGCAACGGCGAACGUCCCUGAAGGUUAUGCGGAAUUGGUCUAUGAAAGGGAAGACUGA